AUGCAACACCAAGAUACACGAGCAAAGGAAGGUAUAGAGGUUCUGGAGAUACGAAAAAAACCAGUCUUUCGUCUGUGGACACCACAACUCGCACUCCAGGAUGUAACCGCCGUCCCGGACAUCAUAUGGAGCUACACCAACUUUGAAACACUCCAAAACCUAUCAUAUGAUAACCAACAACUCGACCGGUAUCUCGGUUUACCAAACUCGCCCACCGCUGACAUUGAAGUCGUACUCUACAGACUCCAAAGAGCCCACAAUUACCACGUCUGCAACAGCGCUAGCGAUAGCCGCGAAGGCCUCAUCAGCGACGCUAUAUGGGCCGAACGCUUCGAGCAUCUCCUUCACACAGAAUACCAAAAGAUGAAGGUCUGGGUGGCUGAAAAGCGAAUGCUAGAAGAGGAAAUUCCACUGAGAUUGAAAUAUGAUACUGCCAUCUCCAUUGAGCUGUGUGCUGAAUGGAAAGACUAUUGGUUUUUUCCGGCUGUGCCUUUACCAUCGAGAUGCUCGUGGACAAUUCCCUAUAAUGAUCAUUCGUCUGGGUAUAUUUGGGAGGAUCAGGCGAAGACGGGAUAUACGUGGGAUAAGUGGUGUGUAGAGGCUACAGUGGGUCGACUUAGAUGGACGGUUGAAAGGUUGAAUGAGGGUGCUACUGGUGAGUGCCGCUUUCAUAGAGAUUCGGUAUUGGCUAAGUUUGUCGAUCGUGUGGGUGAGGCGGUUAGGAGGAAGAGGGCCGAACUUGACGAGAAAGAGGCGAGGAAAAAGGCUGCUAAAAAGGAGGACGAAAAGGAGGAAGAUGUGGAUAAAGAGGACUACAGCCAAGAGGAAGAAGAUGAAGAUGAUAUUCUCCCAGAGGCCAUGCCCCGCUGGUACCCACGCACCAGAAGCUCUACCCACGAAGCAGCAGAAACCGCCGAUCUCUGGCACCGUCUAAACACAUUUCUCUCCAUCAUCACUACCGAGCCAGACGCCCAAACCCCCCGGAACUCCGACUCAACCGAAUCAGAGCCUAGCUUGAACGACCUUAACCUAGAAAGUCGACACUCAGAAGACUUCUGCGACGACGACUCACAAAUCGGCCGGACCGCACACGCUGCCCACCCCUACUUACUCCCUCCCUCCGCCUUAUCCCAUGUCCUCGUCAACCACGUAAACUCAAAUGAGGGUUGGUACGCGUAUCUCGAGCCGUAUCAUGAGAAAAUUACCGUGUGGCAUAAGAAUAAUCAGGAUUGGGUAUUUUUAGAGGAGAUGCUUCAGCAAGCGAGGAAGAAGGUUGAGGGGUUGGAAGGGGACGUGCCUUCUUUGGAGGAUAUGCCGAGGGAGUUGGUGGGGAAGUAUCUAUGA